ACAGAUAAUUAUAAUAAUAACAUACACUUUGUAAAUCAAGUUUGUCAAAAAGAUUAUUAAAAGGAAAGUAUACUAAAAAAUAGAAGAAGGAUUGUUAUAAAAGCACCUUUAUAUAUGAAAAUGAACAAAGAAUUUGGAGAAGUUGCAUUCUUAUAAUCUCCAAAGCCACUAGAGAAGCUAAAAAAGAUUAUGCCAGAUAAGAAGAGCCCAUACAAUACGGAAGCAGUUUAAUAAAUAAUAAAGAAGAUGAGUUAGGCAAAGAACGAUGUUAUGUAGGAAACCACAAACGUUGCUAAGCCUAAUCAUUACUCUUCUACAAAAUAACUCAAUUACAACUAAAGUGCUGCACUCUAAGAGGGACUAAAAAGUUUUGGGUAAUCAGCAAGGAACAUAUAAGGCGCUUUGAAAAAUAAUUUUGUGAAUAGGCUAAGUGGAAAGGAUGAAUAGCUAUAAAACGAAAAUGUGUAAACAUAAAUAAGAUUAAAAAAUAAUUCUGCCCUAUUUUAAACAGCUAAAAUUGAUUAAAAUAAUGGCCCUUCAACCUUAGAAGAACCUUAACUUUCUCACAGAGGAUAAAAUAAUGAAGCUCCUCUUAAACUUUAAUAAAAAAUAAAGCAAAAACAAGAAAAUUAAAAUUUAGCAAAUAUUUCAUAAGCACAAAAUGCAGUCAUAGAAACUAUAACAAAUUAAAAUAACAUGUCAAAUUCAAAUGUGCCCUCGAAUUUCGUUUCCUAAAAUUUUAUAUAAAUGCUUUAAAUGACAGCUUAAAGAAAGAAUAGAGUUAAUCAAGGCAUAUAAAACCCCUAGGUACUUGCAAACUCUAAUUCAAAUUAAGCUAAGAGUUUGAUAUAGACAUAAAAUUCUACUUUAGCUACUACUUAAGCAACUUCUCAUACUUCAAAUUAAUUUUAUACUCUAGAAGAAUAGCAAAAUAAUAAUCCAACUACCUAGAUAUUCGCUUCCUCUAGUGGAUUUAAUUCACCCAAUAAUAAUUUUUCUAAAAAAUUUAAUUCUUAAAUUGCAUCUGUAAAUAGCAGUAAAAUACUACCACAAAAAAAACUAUUUGAAACUAGCGGAUCAUUCUAAUCUAAUUUUUCUAAUCCAGGCUAACAAAAAAAGAGCAAUUCCUUGCAGAGAUAAAUAAAUAACUAAAAAAUUUAGCAGAACUAGAAUCCACAAACAUUCCCUAUCAAGAAUACAUAGUCUCAUGAAUACUUCUCGAAAAGUGUUUAAAACAACAAAGGUAAAGAGUUUAAUUAAACAGAAUCCACUCCUAAAUAAGACUAUGAAUAGUUAUAUUGCUUUUAAGAUGGACUAUUAUAUAAUUCCUAACAAAAUCAAUAAUAAAUCAAUAACUAGGAUAAAGCAGAUAUUGAAAAAGAAAUAGAAGAAGAAUAUUUAAAUAACAUUAAACAAAUUAAUAAAGAUAUAAUUUCAAAAAAGAAAAUUCCUGAGGACAAGACAAACUAAUUUUUAAACUUUAUACCUAAAUCCACCACAAUUUCUAAUUAGCUUACUAUAAAAAACGACUCUGCUCUUUUCAAAAAAUCAACUGAUAAAAAAUAAAUGUUUCUUACUUAGCAAUAGUUUGGCAGCUCAUAUAAUCACGAAAAGGCUUAGAAAUAAAUUAAUGAAUAACCAAGUUCAGCAAAAAAAAUUAAACCAUAAAAAGAAAUUCCAGUUUAUAAUAAUACUGCCAAUAAAAAGAGGGAGAGUUUUGAAGUUACAAUGACAAGGACAGGAUCAGAAUUUUACAAAUCUUCUUCUCUCAAUAAAAAUGAUAAGAAAAAUUAACUAAAUACUUUUUAAGCUUAAAAAAGCCUUAAUUAGAAACCUGUUGCAUCAUAAAUUAAAAAACCUGAAUCACCUUUAAAGUAGAGCUAGCAAAAAUAAAAAACAGGCAUCAAAAAUAUUUUUAGCAGCAGCACAAAGGUGAGCUCUUCAUUAACUAGCAGUUUAAACUCUUCUAAAAAAGCUGUGAACUAAUUAAGUAAAGAAGUGAAGAACAAAUAAUAGCUAGAACUUAGCUUAAAAGCUCUUGCUAGUAUUAACUAAACAACCUCUAUACUUCAAUCUAAAAAGCAAAGUGAUGAAAUUUAAAUUCCUUAACAAAUAUAGCAAGAUAAUUAAGUAUAAAAUGGAUUAAGCUAGUACGUUUCUUAGGUUAAGCCUUAGUAAAUGUAGUAGUAUCUAUCCUAUCCUAGAAAUGAUUACAUAGAUAAAAUUGACAAUGUAGACGUAGAAUUAAAAUUAAGUAAGAAAUCCAGCUUUAACGCUGAGAAUAGAUCUUCUUAAAAUGACAAAGCUCUUUAGCUCUCUGAUUUAGAUACAGUAUAAAAUGAGAUACUUCAUAGAAAGAACAGAAUAGAAACUCCAAUCAGUUUAGGAUUUUGCUACUAUAAUACAAGCAUGGAUAUGCACAACAGAUACCCUAACUAAGACGAUUAUUUUUGCAACAUAUACAGAGAACAUUUUGUUCAAAGCUUUAAUGCUCUCAACUUCUGUAGAUCAUUAGAGCCUAUUGACCCUCUUGUCUUGGAAUCUAAAUUAAUUGAACUUCCACUAAAUCCAAAUAAAAAGAAAACAAUAAUUUUUGAUUUAGACGAAACUUUAAUUCAUUGCAACGAAGACCCAAAUGUUUACUCUGAUGUUGUUAUAUCAGUUACAUUCCCGAACGGAGAAUUAGUCCAGGCUGGAAUUAACAUUAGACCAUAUGCUAAAGAAUGCCUGAAAGAGCUCAGCAAGUAUUUUGAAAUUAUUGUUUUUACUGCCUCACAUAGUUGCUAUGCUGAAAGAGUUAUUGAAUACUUAGACCCAAACAGGCAGUACAUUAAUUAUGUAUUGAGUAGAGAUAAUUGUGUAAUGACAAAAGAAGGUGUCCAUAUAAAAGAUUUAAGGAUAUUCAAGAACAGGGAAUUAAAGAAUAUAGUAAUUGUAGAUAAUGCUGCUUACUCUUUUGGCUUCUAAAUUGAAAAUGGAAUUCCAAUAAUUCCUUUCUUUGAGAAUAAAAAAGAUAUGGAGCUUAAAUUUUUGACAGACUUCUUGAAAAAGUUACUUGACAAGGAUGAUGUUAGAGUUUUUAUUCAUAAAACUUUUAAGCUGAAUAUCUACCAAGAAUGUGAGUCUGUAGAAGAGGCAUUAGAGAGAGUUUAUGGUAUCAAAUAAAACGAUUAAAUUUAAGAAAUGGAAAAUAAUUAAUAUUAAUAAAUGGAUGAAGAUAUGUAUUACUAAUAAUAAAACUAACAGUAUAAUAACUAAAAAAAUAAUAGCAGCUAAGGUGAAGAUAAUCCUAAUGAGGAAGACGAAGAUGACGAUUUAGAAAGAGAUGAAGCUGAUGUGUUUGAAGAUUCAAACUAAGAUAUCCAGCCUGUUUUAUACUAGUAAACUUAAUAAAUGUCUAAAAAUUGUUUGUAAGACAAUAAUAAUAACCAAAUAGUUUAAAUAAGUGAGCUAGAACUUAUCAAAGAUAGCAACAAUUGA